AUGAGUGGCUGCAGCAGCAAGAGCAUGGUCCUGGUCUCCCUGCUGGGGCUCCUGGCGCUGCUCCUGUGCGGCACCUCGGAAGCACAAAGUAACCAGGAUUGCUGCCUGUCCUACACCAAAGUGCGUCUGCCUAAGUGGGCCCUGAAGGGUUACACUGAACAGCUCCCCAGUGAGGUCUGCGACAUCCCUGCCAUCAUUUUCCACACUCUCAAUGGGCUGAAUGCCUGUGUAAAUCCUGAGGAAGGCUGGGUGAAGAAACAUCUCCUUUUCCUGAGCCACAGGCUCAGGAGGAUGUCAGCCUGACACAGUUUCCAGCGAGGAACUAAACACGGACAUGGCUGAAGAAGCACUGGGUUGAGGCUCCUGGCUGAGGUGGUUUGUACACUGCUGUGUGCUCACUCACCUCCAACUCUGGCUUCUUUGGAACCAUGAACUUCUUGAGUUGAUUCAUAUUGCAUCACUGUUUUGCUUGAGUUAAGCAUUUUGUUAAAGUUUCUAUUUUUAUUAAUAUGUGUAUGUUACUGAUAGGACAUGAGUACUGUUUAGUAAGGUCUACCUUGAGCUGCUGUACAGAGUGUGAAUUUUAUUAAGUUUAUUGCAUGUUGGUUUUGUUUUCUUCAGCAUCUGUAAAGCAGGUUAUUUAUUCUGUUUAUUUUGUUAUUGUCUUGUGCCAAAAUGUUCCUUUAAGCUGUAGUUAGCAUUAUAAUACCUCUUGAAUUUUUGUUAAACAAAGUCUGUUUGUAGA